AUGCGCCGUGAGCAUAUUCGUGCUUGUCCUCUUUGGAGAAACGAGGCACCGCGAUAUGACUGCGUGUUUGUGAACACAGAUGCAGCACGAGUGAUGUGUUUUUUCUCUUUGACAUUCGAGGCAGUUUCAUACCCAUGCGCUGUGGUGUGUUGGUUUGACAAAGCCGAUGAUAGACCCGACGAGGACACUGGGAUGUGGAUAGUGCGACCUUCAUAUGAUGCUGACCAUUCUCCAUCAGUUGGAAUCAUCCACAUUGAUUCUAUUUAUCGCGCUGCACACCUCAUCCCAAUCUAUGGAACACAUACCAUCCCACAGGACCUCAAACACUACAACUCGUAUGAUGCUUUCAGAGCAUUCUAUAUAAACAAGUUUGCAGAUCAUCAUGCAUUUGAGAUCGCAUCUUAG